AUUUCACGUCUUUCUAUUUAUGGUUCUUAUGGAGCUACAUUGCAACAAAUCUUCUUUUUCUGCAGCAUUGCUUCUAUGAUCUUAGGAGCACUGGCCGCCAUGGCCCAAACGAAAGUCAAAAGACUUCUAGCUCAUAGUUCAAUUGGACAUGUAGGUUAUAUUCGUAUUGGUUUCUCAUGUGGAACCAUAGAAGGAAUUCAAUCACUACUAAUUGGUAUCUUUAUUUAUGCAUCAAUGACGAUAGAUGCAUUCGCCAUAGUUUCAGCAUUACGGCAAACCCGUGUCAAAUAUAUAGCGGAUUUGGGCGCUCUAGCCAAAACGAAUCCUAUUUUGGCUAUUACCUUCUCCAUUACUAUGUUCUCAUACGUAGGAAUACCCCCGUUAGCCGGCUUUUAUAGCAAAUUCUAUUUGUUUUUCGCCGCUUUGGGUUGUGGGGCUGACUUACUAGCCCUAGUGGGAGUAGUGACUAGCGUUAUAGGUCGUUGGGCGGCCGGAAGGUUGCCACGAGUAAGUCAGUUUGGGGGACCGAAGGCAGUUCUCCGUGCACCGGACACGUAGCUUACCGAAUCAGUUGCGACACGGAUGGGAAUGCAUGCUACGAAAGAUAGGGUCGAGUCUGAUACAUCAACCGUCUACUCAAUAUCCUUGUACGAGUCCACAAUCAGUACACGAGAUGAACCUUGGUUUGGUGAAUUGAAGUUGGCCUUAAGUGUAAUAGGACUCCCAGUUACUGCGCGCGAUCGUAUACUGAGGUGCUCCCCGCCGGUUGUUGGAACGACGCGAGCCGGGCCGGGUCUCGAUUCAGAAAGAUGAAGGGCCCGAAAGUCUAAAUAGGGGGUUAGAAAUUCCCCAUCUCAUUGGGGGCGGAAAACGAAUCGACAUCUCGAGGUUUAUAACCUACCUUUUCUAUUUUAGUUGGGAAAGAACGGCGAAGUCCAUCCGAACCGUCCAAUGAAGAAUAAGAGGAGAGCAAAGCGCCAAUUGCGCGCGAAGCGCAUGCGGAACGGAGAAAAAGAAGUGUGGAGGAGAAGCAGCCGAGCUCAUUCCCUUCGCUUACUGGGCCCAAAGCUGUGCAGUCUUUCCUCGCCAAAUCAAGGAUUUGGGGCUUCUUGCUACGCUACAACAGAAAUCCAUUUUAAUUAGUAAUAUAUAUAAAUAGAAAUAUAGAUCCAUCCAUCUAUCCUAUCCGAUUUAGAUAUCUAAAAAAGAAUCGAUUUCAUUCAACGUUUGAUUCAAAGAACUGUGCUUAGCCCCCCUGCUCAUGAAAGGGCUCCGCUGCAAUGGAU